CUUCCUUUUGUUUUUUUUUAAUUAAGUAGAGAAAAUGGCAGACGUUCGCAGUGUAGUUUAUUUUAGUGUUGAUAAUUGCGUUAUUUCUUAUCAUUUAAUAGUUCGCUGCCUAUUAACAAUCGUUCGAAGUAGAAUUUUAGUUUUCAAUCAAUAAAUUCUAUUAUUUAUUAUUAAAUGAACUUUGUGAUGUCUUUUUAAGUUUUGUCCCUUUAGUUUUGAUACCUGUAGACUACUAAUUUUCCCGACAUUUUUAGUAAUGAGUUAUAAUUCUUAAAAUAAAGUCUGUCAAAAUGAGUGAUAUAAACAACCAGUUCACUGUUGAAAACAUUGAACAAACAUUGCUUCACUUUUACAAUGAUGCAGAGAGUCAGGCUCAAGCAAAUCAAUUUCUCAUUCUUGCUCAGAGCUCUAAUCAGGCAUGGGAUUUUGCAUGGGAAUUCUUGCAGUUUUCCAAGCCUCCUGAAGUCCAGUUUUUUGGUGCAAGUACCUUGCAAGCAAAAAUUUCUAAAAAUUGGAAUGAGUUGCCUCCUGAUCUCUAUGCUCCAUUAAGAGAUAGAUUAAUGAAUGCUCUCUUUACAUAUACAUGUGGUCCAAGAGUUGUUUUAACUAGGCUGUGUAUUUGUAUGUCGUCUUUCAUCAUUAAGACAAUCACAGAUUUUUGGCCAUCUGCUAUAUCUGACAUAGUGAAAGGUUUCCAACCCCAUAACAUUCCAAAUGCUAGUCCUCAACAAGUUGCAUUAGUUUUAUUAGAAUUGUUGACUGUCCUUAUAGAAGAAUUUCAGACUGUUCAUUUGGCUCAUGGAAAAACUGGGAUUGUACGUCACACCUUAGAAUCAUCAUUAAGCAUAGUCAUGAACAUUGUUGAAGAUAUUUUAUCCAAAACAACAGCUCCUGCUGAGCUGUGUGAAAUGGCUCUAAAAUGUUAUGCCUCCUGGGCUUUACUAGGAUCUUCAAUAUAUGAUUACAAAAAUCUUUUAAUUCUCACAUUUGAUUCUGUAUAUAGAGAGGAGAUAAGCCAAACUGCUCUUGAAGCAUUAGCAAAUAUAGCCAACCAUCCAGAAUCUUCCAAACAUCCUGCCACUAUUCUAGAGAUAAUUGAAAACUUCACGAAAUUUGACGUCCUUCUUGAAAAGUCUAGUCAAGAUCAUAAUGUCGAAAAAAUAAUGCUAAUUUAUAGCCUAAUUAUUUGUGUUGCUGAAACUCAUUGUCAGUUACUCCUGGAAACUAUUUUAGAUAAGCCUGAAAAGAAGGAUUUUAUACUGAAACUAAUUAGCAUCAUUCUUAAAUGCAGCUCAACUCCUGGUCAGUAUCCUGUUGAUGAAGUCUGCAGCGAGCUUGCUUUUGGAUUUUGGUAUGCUCUCCAAGAUUCCAUCGUUUCCACCUCCCGAGGUUUUGAAAGUCUUCUCUUAGUGUUUUAUCCCUUCUUCCAAACAUUAUUAGAUUCCUACUUAAUAAAACUAAGGUAUCCUGCUGAUGAUGUUUAUAGACGAUGGAAACUUGAUGAGAGAGAAUCUUUCCGUUGUUAUCGUCAAGAUAUAGGUGAUUCAGUGAUGUAUUGCUAUAAUGUAUUAAAGCAUUCAGCUCUGGCUAAUUUAAUGGCUCACUUAGAACUAGCCACUACUGCUGCAAUUAAUGACCCAACACAAUGGCAGUAUUUAGAAGCCUGCCUUUUUGCUUUCAAAGAAAUAGCUGAAAGCGUGGAUAUUAAAGAAAAUUCUUAUUUACCAGCAUUUAUGGCUCAUUUAAGGAAUAUUCCUCUUCAACAUGUAAGAGUGAUUUCUGGUGCUAUGGAAGCUAUAGGGUCUUUUGCUGAGUGGAUCAACUGUCACCCAGAUGUGUUAGGAUGUGUUAUUCCUUUGCUCCUUAUGGGGUUACAGAAUUCUGAAUUUGCUAUAUCAGCUACAUUUGCUCUAAAAGAUAUAUCUAGGGACUGUUAUACGUCAAUGCAUCCUUUUGCAGAACAGAUACUUCAUGCUAGCUUGGAAGCCCUGAAAGGCGAUGUCUUGAAACCCAGGGAAAAAAUAAGGAUUAUGUUCACAAUUGGAAAAGUGUUAUCUGUUAUGCCAUAUUCUUAUAUUCUGCAGUAUUUUGACCCUCUACUAGAACCUGUAUUCAUUGAAUUAGAUCAACAUCUACGAGGAAAAGUAAUGAAAGUUCUUCGACAAGUUGCUGCUGUCAAUCUUUUCAACAUGUUGUCAAUGCUCUUUUCAGCUCUUGAUACUCACUGGGAGAAAGAUCCUGAUGAAAGUAUAACUCCAGAAUUGCUACAAAUCAGGGAAAAUAAUUUAAAACUGCCCCAACCAUCUCAUUAUGUUUUAGAAAAGUUACUCGAAGUGAUGAAAGAGCACAGAGAUACAUUUGAAGUGACAGAUGAAAUAGCAGAGGCUUUGUGUGAUGCAUUAAAACGAGCUAUUACUUUGCUCUCAACUGACAGCAAAAUGUUCCUUCCAGAGAUUUUACUUCUAAUGGUCGCUGCUUAUAAAAAAUUACCCCAUGCUCAUAUACUCGAUAUUACAAAACAAGUCAUGAUUCUGUUUUCUGAAGAUGUGGAACAGAGGCAGAUUAUAAAUGAGUAUUUCUCCCAAAUCUCUGAACACACCAUUCAACUGUCAAUGAAAGACUUCCGCGAAAGCACAACUGUGAUUGAGUCUUACUUGCAACUUUUGGACAAUGUUAUAAGGAAGGCAUUCAUCUUCUUUAAAAGUGAAACUGUGAAUCCUCUAGUCCUCUUCCAAUUCGGUGUUGCAGCUUUGAGCUUACCUGAAAAACCCACUGUAAAAGCAGCUGCUGGAUUUCUGGCAAACUUUAUUUCUCAUAGCAGAGAAGUUCCUAGCAUGCUCAAUGUUGUUAAUAGUGAUGGAGAAAUGUUGGUGCUACAAACAUUAAAACUUAUUGGUGGGGAAGGCCCUAGAUAUAAUGUAGAAUUGAUGCCUGACAUUCUAAUGGCUUUUAAUAAGAAAUAUUUUGAUAAUUUAUGUCGCUGGAUGGGGCAUCUGAUUCAACAAGCAGGUUUUCCAUCUGCGAGGGUUAAUCAACGCCAAAAAGAAGAAUUUGUCAGAAUGGUACUCAAGGAGAGAACAAACAAAAGAAAACUGAAAGAAACAGUGAAUGAAUUCAGUUUGCUCUGCAGAGGUUUAAUUGGGACAGAAUACGGAGCUCAAUCUUGUCUAUCAUUCUCUUGAUUUCUGUUCCUGAUUUUUGUUUUAAGUGUAUUUUAAAUAUUAUAUCUGUAUAUCUGUUCUUGACUCUAACUGUGCUUGUGUCAUUUCUGCAAAGUGCAAAAUUCAUAAAUUCAUUAUAUUUUUUGUUUUUGUUUACCCAUUGACUGCCUGAAUGUAAAUUAUGAAAAUCAGUUUGUUGAGAGAUUAAAGUUUUUAAAGAUUGAAA